AGUUAGUGCACUGCUUCGUUUCUAAAAUGGAUCUCUGGGAGAGUGAUAAAUAUGCAAAAUUAUCUUACGAUCUAUACGAUGGUUUGGACGAGGACAUGAUGGUUGCUACACUCCCUCCUGUUGUUAUCUUUCAUGGUCUGUUCGACCAUAAAGGAAACUGGGCAGACAUUGCAAAAUCUAUUGCUGAUAAAUCGGUUAGAAAGGUAUACGUACUUGAUAUGAGAAAUCAUGGUGACAGUCCCAAAAUGGCAAGUAUGACUCACGAUGCAAAUGUUAAUGACUUGGGUAUGUUUCUGAAGAAGAUUAACGAGCCAGUAAUACUCAUUGGCCAUAGUUUAGGAGGAACAACAGCAAUGGAGAUAGCCUUUAAGAAGCCUCACUUGGUUAAACAGUUAAUUUUGAUUGAUGUUUCACCAUUGAGAUAUCCUGCUAAUGAAGAGACUGAAGUCAGUUACCUCAUAGACCAAAUAAGAACUGUACUAAACAUCAUUAAUUCCACAGAAGAAUUUUGCAAAUUAAAUUCCGUUUUGGAAAAGUAUUUCCAGAAAUAUAUCAAAAACGUUACUCUGUGCAAAAUGAUCUUAUCCAAUGUAAAGAAAGAAAAUGACAAA